AAGAGAAGGGGAACUACGAUGUUUAACUCUGUAAAUAUGGGCAACUUCUGCUCACAGACGCGAAAAGACAGGACUUCCGAGUUCGGGGACAGAGCGAGCUGCGCGUCUAACCUAUACCUCCCAAGCUGCACUUACUACGUCCCCGAAUUUUCUGCUGUCUCCUCGUUUUUGCCACAGGCCCAGUCUCGGCAAAUAACCUAUCCUUACUCAACAAACCUCUCACAAGUGCAACCGGUACGGGACGUUUCCUACGGUUUGGACCCUUCAAGUAAGUGGCACCACAGAGGGAACUAUGCGUCCUGCUACUCAGGGGAGGAAUUGGUACACAGAGACUGCCUUCCGCCUUCGUCCACCAUGACAGAAAUGCUGAUGAAAAACGAGAGUGUGUACAGCCAUCACCAUCACCCUGGCUCCAACCACCCUUCCACUGGCUUCUACUCGGGUGUCGGAAAAAACAAUGUUCUUCCACAAGGCUUUGACCGCUUUUUCGAAAGCACACACUGCGGAGCGGAAAAUAGCUCACCAGAGAACUGUGCCCCGAAGGGCGACACCAGUAAGCUCGAUUCGGCGUCCCAGGCGCCUGCCGCCCUCCCCAGCGCCGCAGAUCAGGAGAAAGACCCAGAGGAUGAGGAAGAAAACACAAAUUCUGGUUCUUGUGCUUCCUCAUCGGGUACGAAAGAGGACAACGCCAGCAAAACCAACCACUCGAGUACUCCACGUACAAGAAAGAAGAGAUGUCCAUACACGAAGUUCCAGAUUCGAGAAUUGGAAAGAGAGUUCUUCUUUAAUGUGUAUAUCAACAAAGAGAAACGGCUUCAGCUCUCCAGAAUGCUAAACCUAACUGAUCGUCAGGUCAAGAUAUGGUUCCAGAAUCGCCGAAUGAAAGAAAAGAAGCUAAGCCGAGAUCGCCUGCAAUACUUUUCUGGCAAUCCUUUACUGUGAGUUAUGGACUUAAUAAUCAUCUCAACUGCCACACACAAUACAUUGAUUGCUUUGGAGGACAAAGCAAAAGAAGAUCGACUUCUGAAAGAGGGUUUUAGGCAGAAACGCUGGACGCUGGGAUGAUAAUCAAACAUGAAUAAGGUUAUUUUGGUAAUAAUUUCUUUGAACAAUUAAGCCAACAAAAUACAAGACACCAGAGAAUAUGCUGAGACAUUUGAGGUAACAUAGUUUAUUUCUUGUCUGUAGGCUACAGGCAAUGUAUUCCUUCAAAGAUUUGUAGCCUACAAAUAUGGCAACACCAGUUGCCAUAUUUUGGCAAGAGUGUUCGCUGACGUUGUUCUUUAGCCUACUCGUUCAUUUCUUCAUAAUUUACAAUAACGUGCAAUUCAAUUGAAAUUCUCUCUCUAGCCAUUUCACUAUUAUAGGCCUAGGCCAACUGACUUUGCAGAUAGGUUUGUCUACCAAAUGAACCGACUUGAGGACAACUAGCCUAUAGUAUGACGAGUCUAUAGACUAUAGACUCAUCAUAUAGCCUAUAGGCUACACAGAUGUAUUAUCCUACCCAGAAGACAUUUUAAGAUUGAAUAGUCUGUAUUGAUUGUAUAAAAGCGAUGCAUUUAAUUUCCUUGUCCAUUUCAUCCCUUGUCUAUUUUAGCAAACUCCUAAAAUUAAGUUAAAAUCUUAGAACCUCAUGGUUUAUUAUGAUGGGAUUUUAAAUUCAUUGCUUGCCGUUCACGUUAUGAGAUUACGUCAAAUAUAGCCUAUGCAUCGAGUAAAAAGAAUGUAACAUGAAAAUAAACGAAUAUGGAUUCUAAAAUAA